CUUUGAAAACGCUGUUAAAACAAAAAAAAAAAAAAAAAAUUGAGAUUUAUUUUGUGUUAUCAAUUAAUAAAACAAUACCUGCUUUUAAAAUCGCCACGUAAUUGCAGUAGCAACCCCCCUCGCUACAUCAGUUUAAAUGCCUUGGCCCGGAGUAUAAGCAUCCUCACCUUGCUGAGAAGCGACUCCGUGCUCUGUAUAGUCGGCUGUCGCUGCGUUGGAGGGUUGCAUCCACUGUGCUCAUACAGUAACAUGGUUUACAGCACGCUGCACUUCUGAGGGACCCGCUAACACACACGCAGAGAAACGCCAAAAGCAACCUCGGCGACAAGGUUCAAAGGCACCUGUCCUCUUCCUCCCCCAGCCUCCCCACACGCUCUCACUCACUGUCUGCUGCUCCUCCUCCUCACACACACACGCACGCACACACACACGCAGAGCCGGCGCUAUGGGCAAGCAGAACAGCAAGUUAAGGCCAGAGAUGCUGCAGGACCUGCGAGCGAACACGGACUUCUCCGAACACGAGCUGCAGGAGUGGUACAAGGGCUUUCUGAAGGACUGUCCGAGCGGCACGCUGAACGUCGAGGAGUUCAAGAAGAUCUACGCCAACUUCUUCCCGUACGGGGACGCCUCCAAGUUCGCCGAGCAUGUCUUCCGCACCUUCGACACCAACAACGACGGCACCAUCGACUUCCGGGAGUUCAUUAUCGCGCUGAGUGUCACCUCCCGUGGCAAGCUGGAGCAGAAACUCAAGUGGGCCUUCAGCAUGUAUGACCUGGACGGGAACGGGUACAUCAGCAGGGACGAGAUGCUGGAGAUCGUACAGGCAAUCUACAAGAUGGUCUCCUCAGUGAUGAAGAUGCCGGAGGACGAGUCGACGCCAGAGAAACGGACCGACAAGAUCUUCAGACAGAUGGACCUGAACAACGACGGCAAGCUGUCUCUUGAGGAGUUCAUCAAAGGUGCCAAAAGCGACCCCUCAAUCGUGCGAUUACUGCAGUGUGACCCCAGCAGCGCGUCGCAGUUCUGAGCUUCCCCUCCUGCCCCAGGGAAACGAAGACAAAACGCAUGAAGAAGGGAAUUCCCAAAAAGCCACAGUGAUGGGGGUGUGGAAACCAGGGACAACCUGUAGGAGCCUGGAAUUGUUCUUUGCAUUUGGAAUAGAAUGUUGGCCUUGGAAGACAGAAGGGACACAGAAGCGAUAUCUCGCCGUUGUGAACUGGUAACUACCCCACUGGCUUGUACUGGUUUUUGCGGUGGAUUAUCAGAAUGUUCUGGAGCUGCUGAACUGUUUGCUCGGACGCUGCGUGUGUGUGCAUGUGUGUGCGUGUACGUGUACGUGUAGGUUUGACGUACAAUAUUAUCUUUUUAUGUUACCUAAAAUCUGUUAACAUGUUACUUUCUUGUAAUUGAGCUCAUCAAUACAUUGUUAUAUUGGUUCUAAGUUUUGGUCUGUCUUUGCACUGCAUGAUAUACUGAGAGUAUUACUGUGUAAAGUGUAAACAUGCUCCUUAUCUGAACUUUAAGUUAGGGAAUACAAUUCAAACCAUAAUUUACAGGCAUGCAUUUUCCACGUGUUAUAAAAAAUAUAACAAGUGAACUUUACACCUGAAUAGAAACAUACUAAACGAUAGGCAUUAAUAUUGGAGGGGGCUAUCGGGGUCCCAAGAACCCCAAAAUAAAACACAACAUAGAGCAUGUAUACUAUUGAGUAGGGUUAAUCCAGACUGCAGGUAUAAUACUCAGAGUGCCCAGCAUGUGGCAGUAUUGGACGUGCAGUCAAAAUGCGAAUGAAUUGAUAUUGUGUGAACACAUGACACACGUCUAAUGAGCCCGAACAUACUGCAUCCGUGUCUCCGUACAGUCCAGGUUAAACUUUGUCUCCUUAUUUUUUUUAUUUUUAAAAUGUCUUUGCUAGAAUUCAGUUCGCUGUUUUACUUUUAAGUAAAUGUUAAAAUCUUUCUUUGUUUUUCAAUUUAGUGAUACAAAUAUUUUUGUAUGGCUCUUUGAAAACUCCCUGGUCAUCAGUGUGGCUCUUUUUAACCAAAGUAGAUGGACAAUUCAGACCUUCUAGAUUAUUCUCGCUCCCCGAUUUGAAACCCUGGGAGUGUGUAAUAUGUGGGAGAUCUGUUAAGCACUCCCAUCACAAAUCAAUACAA